UGUGAUUUUCUGUUAGAGUCAGCCACCUAUUAGUUUUGAUUCCCAUCUUGAUGAACUCGUCCUAGAAUUCCAUAUUGAAAGCCUAUUUCAUUCUCCUGUUGCAGACACUUUUUUUUUUUUUAUAUAAAGUAGGAGCAGUGGCAGCAUUGGUUGCGCUCCACAUGGGGAGACACUCUUGCUGUUACAAGCAGAAGCUAAGGAAAGGCCUGUGGUCUCCAGAGGAAGAUGGGAAACUUUUGAAUUAUAUAACCAAAAAUGGACAUGGCUGUUGGAGCUCUGUCCCCAAACUUGCAGGCCUACAAAGGUGUGGGAAGAGUUGCAGGUUAAGGUGGAUCAACUACUUGAGGCCUGAUUUGAAGAGAGGAGCAUUUUCACAGCAGGAAGAGAACUUGAUUAUUGAACUCCAUGCAGUGCUUGGCAACAGAUGGUCUCAAAUUGCAGCCCAGUUACCUGGAAGAACCGAUAAUGAGAUUAAGAACUUGUGGAAUUCCUGCAUCAAGAAGAAGCUAAGGCAAAGAGGCAUUGACCCCAACACUCACAAGCUACUCUCUGAGCUGGAAAUUGAUAACGAGAAGCAGGUCACAGACAAUGACAAGGCUUCUACUGUGUCCGGUGAAUUCAACCUCAUCGAGGCAGCGAAUUCAAAAUCACCUUCAGCUUCUUCUGGCUCUAGGAUCGCCAACAACAAGAACAACUCAAGCACUCAGGAUUUCAUCCUGGAAAACUCUAGCAAUACCAGUUGCCGGCCUCCUGGUCUGGUGGGGAGUUUCCCUUUCCAGAAGUUGAAUCACGGUACUAAUAUUGGGAUCUCUGUGAAUCCAAAUACUGCUCUUUGCUUUAACCCGGGCUCUAGUUCCUCUGAGAUGAUUUCUCAAUUCAAUCUUAGCAACUCCUCCAUUUUAUCAUCAAUGUCAAACUCAAUCUUCCAAACCCCAAUACGAGUUAAACCAUCGGUUAGUCUUCCCUCUGAUAAUCCUUCUUUACGAUCCUCUGAUAUCAAUGGAGUCCAGAACUGGGAAGGAAGCAGCUUCAGCAAUGACGGUGGAAGCCGAAGCACAAGUUAUAGCUUUGACAACAAUGCUUUCUCUUGGGGGCUGUCAGAUUGUGGAAAAUCAGGUGAAGAAGGAGAAGACAUAAAAUGGUCUGAAUAUCUGAGUACACCAUUUCUUCUUGGAGGCACUGGCACUGUACAGAAUCAAACAUCACAGCCCAUGUACAGUAAUGAGAUCAAACCAGAUACAAACUUGAUAGGAGAUGUAUCAGGCAGCACAGCUUGGCAUCAGAACCAGCAUCAACAAGAUAAUUCACAGGCUUCCAAUGUCUAUACUAAGGAUCUCCAGAGACUUGCUGUGGCCUUUGGACAAACCACUUAGAAGUUGAAUCAAAUUCAGGUGAAAAAGAGUACAUAUAUAUAUAUAUAUAUAUAUAUAGGAAUCGAGGUAAUUGCUUGGAGAAACAUUAUUAUGUAUUCUGGAGAAAGGGGUGUGUGUUUGUCUGUGUGAUAAGAGGAUAUUUCUCUUUUGGUUUUGUAAAUGUAUCUGAUACAAAACUUCUUCUUUCAGCAUUUAUCAAAUAAAUAUAUUUGUGGUUGAAGUGAGAUUAUAUACACUAAUAUGGAU